GGUGCGGUUCGUUUUAUUUAGCGCGUAACGUGAGGAAAUCUCUGUGUGGCUGCCUUUUAAUAUACUUUAGCUUAAAGCAAAAGUUGUGCGCCUCAACUAUGCGAUGGCCACAAAUGCCAGUCAAGAUUAUAACCAAAGUCAGCUUAAUGCCCCAGCGGAGCAGCCGCUGGUGGCAUUGCCACGCAAGCGACGACCACGCGCUGCGGGCGAAGUGGGCGUCACCUGCUCAACGAGCAGCGUUUAUCUAAAUGCUGAAGUAAAGUCAACUGAGACUGUUGCUGCUCCCGAGCCCAUUUAUCAGAAUGAGGCGACUCUGGCCAGCCAGAGUCCAAAGCAGCGACAACGUAAGCAGCUGCACUUUAGUGUGUGUCGAUUGGAGGAGCCAAGUCGAGCUGGUCAGGCGGCCAUGCAAGUGAGCACGUUUGUGGACGACUCGGAUCAUUAUUAUGAAACCCUCUCACCGCUGGGCAACAAACGUCACUCGACACAGCUGCUGCCUGGUCAACAUCACAGGCGCAGUCAGGAGAGCCGUAAGCAGCACUCCGCCUCAGCUCAUGCGCUGGGUCAGCAGCUCAACAACUCGGAUGACUAUGACUCCUUUGAAACGGACAGCGAUGAGCACACAGAGCAUGAGCAGCAUCGUCGCCAUCACAAUGACAGCGGCGUGGACAUACGCAAUCAUCGCCUGCCGGAGCCGCCAGCGCCGCAGAAUCAAGUCUAUGCCAUAGUGCGCAAGUUUAAGGAUUUCAUCUCGAACAAAAAGUCACCCAAGAACAGUCAACAAAAGCUUUACGAGAACACAGCUGGCAGUCAGUUCUAUGUGGAGUGUCAGCAGCAGGAUAUUUAUGCAAAUGCCAGCAACGAGUCCACGGACACGCCCACGCUGCUGCGCGCCAAGCAGAAGAACGGCAAGAGCUUGCGCUCGCGUCUGCGCAAGAGUCUGGUGGGCGCCUCCUUUGACACCAAGCAGCUGUCCACGCUGACGCCAACGCGCAGCACUUUCUACAUUAAUGAGCCGGAGCCACCCUUAGAGCUUGGCUCGGGUGAGCUGGACUCUGGAUUUUCAGAGAAAGCUUGCUCUGGCGACAUACCCGUGCAAUCAGCCGACCCAGAGUCACAGAAAUUCAGCACAACAGUGCGCAAGUCCAAAAAGGAAACCAAAAUGCUGCGUCGACGCACCACCAUAGGCGUGCGUCCACCUGAGCCGCCACCACCGCCGCCACCAGCAACAAGUUUAGCCACUGAGCAGCAGCAGCGAGACAGCACAUCCUGGUAUGCCGAAUGCGGCGUCUUCAAGCAGUCCAGCAACAAUCUGCAGCCCAAUGAGCAGCUGACCACGCCCACAUCCAGCGCACAUGGCAGUUCCUGGUACACUGAGGCGGGUUUAUAUCAAACCAGCGGCAUCUCUGUGGCCAGCUCCAGCGGCAGCUCUGGCGUAUCCACGGGAAAUGAGGCGGGACUGGGCGAUGAUCUACAGCCGCACAGUCUGUUCUCCAAUGAGCCACUCUAUCAAGUUUACAGCGCGGCCAAGUUAGAGUCCAUAACACGUGAUCUAGAGGCGCAUGAGCGAGACAGCUCUACGGAUGGCUAUGAGGAAAUAGGCCAUGCCAAGGCACAGCCGCAGGCGGAGCAGCCCAGGAGCCAACGCCCCUCGGCGCUGCAGCUGAUUGAACCAAAGAACGGACCAGCGCGCACGCUCUGGAGCGAAGUGCCCGAAGUCAUACAGUCCUGCAUAUUGCCCACCUUAACGCCGCGUGAGCGUGGCCUGCAGGAGGCCAAGUUCGAGAUCAUGACCUCGGAGGCAAGUUACCUCAAGUCGCUGAAUCUGCUGCGUCGGCAUUUUAUGAACCACGCCGCCUUCUCGGACAGCGCCGUGCUGAACGCGCGCGAUCGCAAAGCUUUGUUCUCCUACAUUGUGCCCGUGCACGAGUGCUCGGAGCGGCUGCUCACGGAGCUGGAGUGCUGCUGGCAGAACAACAUUAUGCUGCUGGGUCUGAGUCGCUGCAUUUACGAAAUAGCCGAGCGGCAUUUCCAUGUCUACAUUACGUUCUGUGAGCAUCAGGGGCGCAUGGAUCGCACGCUGCGACGCCUGAAGGAGUCCAAGAGCGGCGCCUUUCAGCAGCAGCUGGAAAAGCUGGAGGCGAAUCCAGUUUGCUGCGGUCUCAGUCUGCACUCAUUUCUGAUGCUGCCCAUGCAGCGCAUUACGCGCCUGCCGCUGCUCAUUGAUGCGGUGUUCAGCAAGGAGUCGCCACACAAUGCGGAGGAGUAUGAGAGCUGGAAGCUAACGCUGGCGCUGGUGCAGAAGAUUGUGGCCCAAUGCAAUGAGGCGGCCAAUCGCUGCGAGCAGGCCUAUGAGCUGGAGCGCAUCUCCAAGCAGCUCGAGUUUCCAUCGCAUAUACGCGCGCUGGCCAUAGCGCCAGUGGGCGUGCCCAAGCAGGGCGCCAAGCCGCGGUUCCUGGUCAAGCGCGGCGAGCUGACGCAUCUCAUUUGGCGCGGCGAUGAUGCCAAGCUGACCUUUGGCAAACGCUUCAGCAAGUGCAGCAUCUAUGCCUUCCUCUUCUCGGACUUGUUGGUGCUCUGCAAGCGCAAGGGCGACAACCACUUUAGCGUCAUCGACUACUGUCCGCGCAGCAUGCUGACGCUGGCCGCCGGCGACUCACUGCCACAGCUGCCCACCAAAGAUAUUAAGGAUCCCACGAGUAAAAAUCUCAUGCUGAUGACACUGCUCGAGAACUACGAACGCAAGACAGUCGAACUUGUGCUCUCAUGUCCGUCGGUGUCGGAUCAGCAGCGCUGGCUGGAGGCCAUGCGUCCACGCGAGGCCGAAACGCCUGGCGAAAAGUUAUACGAAUCCUGGGAUUGCCCUCAAGUUGUGGCCAAGCACAGCUACGAGUCGGAUGAGCCGGAUGUGCUGCAGCUGGAGCUGGGCGAUGUGGUCAACGUUUCACGCAAGCUGCCAGAUGGCUGGUACCAGGGUGAGCGCAUACGUGAUGGCGCAGUGGGCUGGUUUCCCGGCAGCUACACCGAGGAGCUUAACUCAGCGCAUGUGCGCGCCCGCAAUCUGAAGCAGCGUCAUCGUCUUUUAGCCUUUACUGCCACCUUUCUGGAAUCACAAAAGAGCAAAUGAUUCGUCAGCCAUCUCCAAUUGCCACUGGUCUGCCGCACUGGACCAGCGGUUGUGUAUUCAAUUAUUAUAGUCUACUUAAAGCAUAAUCCAUAUUGUUAAUUAGUAAAUGUGAUAAUUAAUUAAUUUAGUGGCAAUCAAUCAUAUCACUGGCUGCCUUAUAACUUAUCUGCCUUUAGUUCUAAGCAAAUCGAUUAUAACUGCAUCCAUAUGCAUCUGGCAUAUGACAGCUUGUUAGCUCUGAUUAUACAAUUUAUAUAUAACCUUACUAUUCAUAUAUAU